CCUGCGCUAGCGCCGCGAGCCGUUAUCAUCCGCGCGGCAAAGGGAAAGGACGCGAAAGCCGAAGCCGAAGAGUUCGCCGCCACCAGCCGGUUGCCUUAUUUUUUCCGUUCUCUUCGUUGUAGUGUUUGCUUGGACGCUGGGCGCGUGGCUACGAUAACGUGCGCGCCAGUUUCGUGUGUUGUUGGCCACUUGAUUGUGCGCCGACUAAUUGACACUGCCUCGCAAUAAAUUUCUGACACCCCGAGUGCGUGUGUAUCUCAGCUAACAUGGCGUCUGACGAAGAAGUCGACGAGAGCUUCGCCGGAGAAGAUGAAGUGGAAGAUACUGGAAAUCAAGUGUCAAAUGCUGGUCAAACAGUGGAAGGCUCAACAGAUAAUGAAGAGGCUCCGAGAGUCGAGGAAGACGACGAUUAUGAGCCCGAAGAACGUAAGAAAAAGAAGGGAAAGAAGCGAAAAGCUAGAAGUGAAGACAAAAAGGGCAAGAAGAAAAAGAAAAAGAAAAAGUCUGACUCGGGUGAUGAAAGUGAUUUUGGCGGUGGAGACAAUGCCGAGUUAGCCGGCGAGGACAGUGACUACGCGUCAAAUCGCAAAAGUCGCAAAUCCUCGUCAAGGAAGUCGUCGAGUCAUCAAGCGGCAACUCCCACAGCUUCCUCAGCAGCCUCGACGCAAAGCCAUCAAGAAACGGCUGCCGGUAUGCCAACGAUAGAUGAGGUCUGCAGCACAUUUGGUCUUACCGACGUUGCUAUCGAAUACUCGGAUGCUGAUUUCCAGAAUCUUACUACCUACAAAUUGUUCCAACAGCAUGUCAGACCGCUUUUAGCUAAGGAAAAUCCUAAGGUACCGAUGUCGAAGUUGAUGAUGUUGGUAGCAGCUAAAUGGAGAGAUUUCUCCGAGAUGAACCCACAUACGCAGCCUGAAAACGAUGUCUCGACUCAAUCAAUCGACGACGACGGCAGAAAUGCGAGAAAUAAUCGCAGUGCAGUGACCCAGGACGACGAUGAAGAUGAAGAAGAUGAGGACAGCGAUCGCAAAAAGAAAUCGCGCAGUUCGAGGGCCAAGAAAGGCAAGAAAACUUCGAAAGUUCCAACUCUUAAGAUUAAGUUAGGCAAGCGUAAGCGAGGAAGUUCGGAUGAGGAAGCCGAAGGUAGUGGACCAGCCUCUGAUAGGGACUCUGACAUGGAAUUUGAGCAGAUGUUAGCUGACGCCGAGGAUGUGCCACCUUCUGAAAAUUCAAAGGCAGAGGAAAAUAGUGCCGAAGCAACGGCUGAGCCACCCGUACGCAAAAAGGCCAAAACAAAAAUUGGCAAUAAAAGUAAAAAGAAAAAGAAAGCCAAGACCGCGUCUAAAUUUCCAGAUGGAGAGACUGAUCAUCAAGACUAUUGUGAAGUAUGUCAGCAAGGUGGAGAAAUUAUUUUAUGUGAUACCUGUCCUCGAGCUUACCAUCUGGUUUGUUUGGAACCUGAGUUGGAAGAAACGCCAGAAGGAAAAUGGAGUUGUCCGCACUGUGAGAACGAAGGUGCCGCGGAAGAUGACGACGAACAUAUGGAAUUUUGCCGAGUGUGCAAAGACGGUGGCGAGUUGUUGUGCUGCGACAGUUGUACUAGCGCCUAUCAUACUCAUUGUCUGAAUCCACCAUUGGAUGAUAUACCAGACGGUGACUGGAAGUGUCCUCGCUGUUCUUGUCCACCGAUCUUCGGCAAAGUACAGAAAAUUUUAACGUGGCGUUGGAAAGAAGUUAAUGACGCGGACGAGCCAUCGACGAGCAAGUCGUCUGGUAAACCGCGCAGGAUUCGCGAGUUUUUCGUUAAAUGGGUGGAAAGGUCGUACUGGUACUGCGACUGGGUGACUGAGCUACAGCUCGAUGUCUUUCAUCCGCUCAUGUACAGAAAUUAUUCUCGCAAAUAUGAUAUGGAUGAGCCACCAAAGCUCGAAGAGCCACUCGACGAAGGUGAUGGCCGCGUUAAGCGACGUAAGGACAUGGAUAAAGCGGCUGGGGAUAAGCAGGAGCUCAAUCUUGAUGAGCGUUUCUACAAUUACGGUGUCAGACCUGAGUGGCUGAUUGUUCACCGUGUGAUCAAUCACAGACUACAACGUGAUGGUCGGGCAUUAUAUUUAGUCAAGUGGAGAGAUCUAGGUUAUGAUCAGGCUACGUGGGAGGAUGAAAACGCAGACAUUCCGGGCCUUAAGCAGGCCAUCGAGUAUUACUUGGAUUUGCGAGCGGCUAAUUGCGCUGAUGGGCCGCCAUCAAGGAAGGGCAAGAAGGGCAAAGGCAAGAAGUCCAAGACGAAGGAAAUUAUCGACGAUGAGGAAAGAGCACCACGGAGGUAUACUCCACCACCUGAAAAACCCACAACCGAUUUGAAGAGAAAAUUUGAAAGGCAACCAGAGUAUUUGGAUGUCACGGGAAUGCAGCUACACCCUUAUCAGUUGGAGGGCUUAAACUGGUUGAGAUAUUCAUGGGGUCAGGGCAUUGACACCAUUCUUGCCGAUGAAAUGGGUCUUGGAAAAACUAUCCAGACUAUUACAUUUUUAUAUUCACUUUAUAAAGAGGGCCACUGCAAGGGUCCAUUCUUAGUAUCAGUACCACUUUCUACUAUUAUUAAUUGGGAGAGAGAGUUUGAAACGUGGGCACCUGAUUUCUACUGCGUUACUUAUGUUGGUGAUAAGGACAGCCGUAUGGUGAUUCGUGAGAAUGAGUUAUCUUUCGAAGAGGGUGCAGUCCGAGGUGGACGUGCCUCUAAGAUUCGUUCGUCGUCAAUCAAAUUUAAUGUUUUACUGACUAGUUAUGAACUCAUCUCUAUUGAUUCUGCUUGCCUGGGUUCUAUCGACUGGGCAGUUCUUGUUGUCGACGAAGCUCAUCGUCUCAAGUCCAAUCAAUCCAAAUUUUUCAGACUUCUUGCUUCUUACAACAUCGCUUAUAAACUACUGCUCACUGGUACGCCUUUACAGAACAACCUUGAGGAAUUGUUCCACUUGUUGAACUUCUUAUGCCGUGACAAGUUCAACGAUCUGGCAGCCUUCCAGAACGAAUUCGCUGAUAUCUCGAAAGAAGACCAAGUAAAAAAAUUGCACGAGAUGUUAGGACCGCACAUGCUGCGUCGUUUGAAAGCUGAUGUGCUCAAAAACAUGCCCAGCAAAUCCGAGUUUAUCGUGCGAGUAGAACUAUCACCAAUGCAAAAGAAGUACUACAAAUAUAUUUUAACCCGAAACUUCGAGGCAUUGAACCCGAAAGGCGGAGGCCAACAGGUUUCACUUUUGAACAUUAUGAUGGACUUGAAGAAAUGUUGCAAUCACCCGUACCUGUUCCCAGCAGCGUCACAAGAGGCGCCGACUGGACCUAAUGGCAAUUACGAGACGUCGGCCUUGAUCAAAGCCGCUGGAAAACUUGUGUUGCUUAGUAGAAUGUUAAAAAAACUGCGCGACGAUGGCCACAGAGUGUUGAUUUUCUCGCAGAUGACAAAAAUGCUAGAUCUCCUAGAAGAUUAUCUUGAGGGCGAAGGUUACAAGUAUGAAAGAAUCGACGGUAACAUUACGGGAACUCAGCGUCAGGAAGCGAUUGACAGAUUCAAUGCUCCAGGCGCUCCACAGUUUGUGUUCCUUCUGUCGACUAGAGCUGGUGGUUUGGGUAUCAAUCUCGCUACAGCCGAUACUGUGAUAAUCUAUGAUUCAGAUUGGAAUCCGCACAACGAUAUCCAAGCUUUCAGUCGUGCUCAUCGCAUUGGUCAAGCCAACAAGGUCAUGAUUUACAGAUUCGUCACCCGUAAUUCCGUCGAGGAGCGUGUCACUCAGGUUGCCAAGCGUAAGAUGAUGCUGACCCAUCUGGUCGUGCGACCCGGUAUGGGUGGUAAAGGUGCCAACUUCAGCAAACAAGAACUCGAUGAUAUUCUUCGAUUCGGUACUGAGGAACUUUUUAAAGAAGAGGAGGGUAAAGAAGACGAAGCUAUUCACUAUGAUGACAAGGCUGUUGCCGAAUUGUUGGAUAGGAGUAAGGAAGGUAUUGAGCAGAAGGAGAACUGGGCUAACGAGUACCUGAGCUCGUUCAAGGUCGCGUCGUACGUUACAAAAGAAGGCGAAGCUGAAGAGGAAGCUGAUACUGAAAUUAUCAAACAAGAAGCUGAGAACACCGAUCCAGCUUACUGGAUUAAACUGCUCAGACAUCACUACGAACAACAACAAGAAGACAUUGCUCGGACCCUCGGUAAAGGCAAGCGCGUGAGGAAGCAGGUAUGCCGAUAUGUAAACUACAACGACGGUGGUGUGACUGGAGAACAAGGUCGCGGUGAUGAUCAGCCAUGGCAAGAUAAUAUGUCUGACUAUAAUAGCGACUUUAGUGCACCAAGCGACGACGAUAAAGAAGACGAUGACUUUGAUGAAAAGGGCGACGGUGAUUUGCUUUCAAGGCGCAGUCGACGCAGACUCGAACGACGCGAUGAGAAGGAUCGUCCUUUGCCGCCACUUCUUGCCAGGGUCAACGGCAACAUCGAAGUCCUCGGUUUUAAUGCUCGUCAGAGAAAGGCAUUCCUCAAUGCGAUCAUGCGAUAUGGUAUGCCACCGCAGGACGCUUUCAACUCGCAGUGGCUCGUUCGAGAUUUACGAGGCAAAUCGGAGAAGAACUUCAAAGCCUACGUAUCUCUCUUCAUGCGUCACUUAUGCGAACCUGGCGCCGACAACGCGGAAACCUUCGCCGAUGGUGUACCGCGCGAAGGACUGAGUCGUCAACAUGUAUUGACUCGUAUCGGUGUAAUGUCACUGAUUCGCAAGAAGGUGCAAGAGUUUGAGCAUAUUAACGGUUAUUAUUCGAUGCCCGAGGUAAUCCGCAAACCGGUAGAGCCAGUAAAGCCUGCUGAUGCAACUGGUGCCGCCGUACCACCAACUGUAAAUGCCACAGCCACUGCGGCGACGAACGAUGGAGCUACAGGAUCAACGAGCAGCACCAGUGCCACUCCAGCUACGUCAAACGCACCAAGUCCGAGCCCUGCUGCGACGCCUACGCCUACAGCUGCGUCAGCGAUUCCAACCACCGAGAACGCCACGAAAGAAGACGCUAAGGACAAAGAAGCUGGAGAUGAAGAGAGCAAAGAAAAGGACUCUAGUGAUACUGUCAAAGAGGAAGGCAAAGAGGACGAGAAGUCAGAAGUAAAGAAGGACGAAGAGGGUAAAGAAAGAGAAGAACUGGAGGAUGAGAACGAUUCAGCUGAAGGUGAAAAAUCAGCAGAGGCGAAAGAAGAAAAACCUGAAGUUAAGGAGGUAGAGAAGACCGAUAUGAAGGAUGAAAAAAACCUUAAAGAUGAAAAGCCUGUUGAAAACUUGGAAACUAAAGCCAAGUCAGAUGCCGAUGAAGAGGUUGUAAUUGUGAAAGAUGAUGAGGAAGAAGCCGCGAUUGGCGAAAAAAAAGACGAAAAUAAAGAUAAAGACGCUAAGGAUAAGGAAGGCAAAGAUGAUAAAGAUGGUGAAAAAACUAAACGCAAAUUUAUGUUUAACAUCGCCGAUGGUGGCUUCACCGAGUUGCACACUUUAUGGCUUAACGAGGAGAAGGCUGCUGUUCCUGGUCGCGAGUAUGAAAUCUGGCACAGGCGACAUGACUAUUGGCUGCUUGCUGGUAUCGUCACUCACGGCUAUGGUCGUUGGCAAGAUAUUCAAAAUGACAUUAGGUUCGCAAUCAUCAAUGAACCAUUCAAAAUGGACGUUGGUAAAGGCAAUUUCCUCGAGAUCAAAAACAAGUUUUUGGCCAGGAGAUUCAAGCUUCUUGAGCAGGCUCUCGUAAUUGAAGAACAGUUGCGCAGAGCUGCCUAUCUUAAUCUCACUCAAGAUCCUAACCAUCCAGCUAUGAGUCUCAAUGCCAAAUUCGCCGAGGUUGAGUGUUUGGCUGAAUCUCAUCAACAUCUGAGCAAAGAGAGUUUGGCUGGUAACAAACCUGCUAAUGCAGUGUUGCAUAAGGUGCUUAAUCAAUUAGAAGAACUCCUUUCCGACAUGAAGUCCGAUGUAAGUCGAUUGCCAGCUACCUUGGCGCGUAUACCACCAGUAGCGCAGAGACUGCAAAUGUCCGAGCGCUCGAUCUUGAGCAGAUUAGCUGCAACGACUCCUGGUGGGAACAGUACGCAGACCGGUCAAGCCGCCCUGUUGGCACAACAAUUCCCUCCUGGCUUCACCGGUGGCCAGCUACCAGCCACAUUUGCCGGAGCUGCUAAUUUUGGGAACUUUAGGCCACAAUAUUCCGUACCCGGGCAACCACCUCAAGGUUUUGCAGCUUGAGUAACUUGAAAGACAAACUUUGCAUCGAUACAUUGAUAAAUGGACGACUCACGGUAUCUAAGGCACUUCGUUCUUGGUUGUUGCCGGGAGAAUGAAUGACUAGCGCGCUGUGUAAUCUUAUUUUUCGUAAAUCACACAAUUUCUAGCUGAAUUUUCACUAGAUAAGGAUCUUUUAAGAAUGCGCCAAACGUUAUUGAAAUAAUAUCAUUACUAUCUUAAAUAAUUAAUUGAAACGUCACGUUUUUCCUGUAUUUAUUAUGUGUAUACAUUCAUCGGAUCGAGAGAAGAAGAAAAAUAAGUUUUUUGUAUUGUCAAAAUAUGAAUAAAGGAUUUAAGCGAUCGUCACCUUCACAAUGAACAGAAAUAAAAAAGAAAUUAUGCGUCAGCGUCUCGUAUGUAAUAAGUACACAAUUAUUACUUAAAUUUAUUUAAGCAAAACUGUAUUUUUAUUUGGAGACUAAGAUAAACUUUGUUC